AUGCCCAAACCAGGUUCGGUACCUAAGGCUGGCAACAGUGGCAGUGCUCAGCACCACAGGCCUGAAGUGGCAAGGAGUGUGUGUGGUGACAAAUCUCCCUGGAUUUGUCAAAUCGAGCGGGUGAUGGGCAACAACACCACGGUGAAGAUGGUGCCCAUCAAGAUCGUGCACUCGGAGAGCCGGCCCGAGAAGGAGAGCCGCCAGAGUCUGGCGUGCCCAGCCGAGCCGCCCGCCCUGCCCAGCGGCCUGGAGAGACACCAGAUCAAGACGCUGAGCACGCCGGAGCAGUCCUACUCCCGCUUCUGCGUGUACACGCGGCAGGGCCCUGAGCCCAAGCCCCCCAGCACCCCUGCCCUUCCCGGUCUAGGCUACGUGAGGGCCAAAGAGAAGACCGUGGAAGAGCUGAAGUCAGAGGCACUGGCCAGGGAGAUCGUGGGGAAGGAUAAGUCCUUGGCCGAUAUCCUGGAUCCCAGUGCAAAGAUUAAAACCACCAUGGACUUGAUGGAAGGGAUCUUCCCCAAGGACGAGCACCUCCUGGAAGAAGCCCAGCAGCGGAGGAAGCUGCUCCCCAAGGUCCCCUCCCCGAGGACCGCAGAGGAGAAGAAAGAGGAGCCGAGUGUGCCGGCAGCCAUGUCCCUGGCCACCAACUCCACUUAUUACAGCAUAUCAGCCCCUAAAGCUGAGCUGCUGAUCAAGAUGAAGGACCUACAAGAGCAGCAGGAGCCCGAAGACUACUCAGGGAGUGACUUGGACCAUGACCUGUCAGUGAAGAAGCAGGAGCUCAUCGAGAGCAUUGGUCGCAAGCUGCAGGUGCUCCGGGAAGCCCGGGAGAGCCUGCUGGAGGACAUCCAGGCCAACAAUGCGCUGGGGGAUGAGGUGGAGGCCAUCGCCAAAGACGUCUGCAAGCCCAACGAGUUUGACAAGUUCCGCAUGUUCAUCGGGGACCUGGACAAAGUGGUGAACCUUCUGCUGUCACUGUCAGGCCGCCUGGCCCGGGUGGAAAAUGCCCUGAACAAUCUGGAUGACAGCCCUUCUCCUGGAGAUCGGCAAUCGCUGCUCGAGAAGCAGAGAGUCCUCAUCCAGCAGCACCAGGAUGCGAAGGAACUCAAAGAGAACCUGGACCGCCGCGAGCGCGUCGUGUUUGACAUCCUGGCCAGCUAUCUCGGCGAGGACAGCCUCACGGACUACGAGCACUUCGUGAAGAUGAAGUCAGCCCUCAUCAUCGAGCAGCGGGAGCUGGAGGAUAAAAUACGCCUUGGCGAAGAGCAGCUCAAGUGCUUGUCCGACAGCCUUCAGCCCGAGAGAGGCAAAUAA